GCAAUUGCCGUCGGAAAUCUAGGCUCUACAUGAAUCGCCUCCAGUCAAGAAGGGACUGACUGCGUUGCAGUGGAGAUCAGAGGGGCUCGGCCUGGACUUGACUUUUACAACGUUUGUUCCUACCUUACCUUGUCUGGUAGAUCGCGUGCAUGCGAACGCUGCAGCAAGCAGUAGCAGCAGUGAAGCGGAGCAGUCAGUCAGUCAGUCGUUUGGUUUCGUCUCAAUGUGCGCGCCAGUCCAGUCCAAAUACAUACAUGCCUUAACAUACAAUCGAUUAAACACUUUUGAUCCGCUCCCGCUUUUCCCACCUUGUGUCAACCCAACCACAAAAAGCCACCCAUCACUGCUCUCAACCCUUUCUUUUACAAUCUUUCGAUUCUACAGCCGCCCCAAAAUUCAAAAAGUCACGGCAUUGUUGUCUGUUUCUUCCUCUACUCCCCACCUCCUCUACGCCCCCCUUCUCACUUCUACCUCUAUUCCUCUCCGUACCAAGUCUGGACCUUGUUCUCUCAUCAAUGUCACAGCGCUAAAGAUCCGGUUUCUUGGUCGACGUGCUACCCAUUGCAUUUCCUCUUCAUCUUUUUACCCUGAUUUGCGCUGCAUCAGACCGACCCGACCGAUAUUUCAAUCCAAUUGCUCCAUUGAACAAAGCAGAUUCUCGGCGAAUCCUAGUCGACUUGCAUCGUGGCCCUCCGACCGCUUCGUCCCGCCCUUUCAAGUCGUCUAUCUAGGUUUAGUUGGAGGCUUUAUCGCAGCCGCAGGACCAGACCUCCCCGGCCGUAAAACCGAACGAAGCCCCGCCCGCGUGAGAGCACGGGCACCAGAUUUCCACCCCCGCCUUUGAAGCUCCUCCCAAAAGGUAACCAAACACAAAUCAACCCAACAGCAAGCAAGCAUCCUUGGCCCCGCAAGCUUCACAUUGGCUAGUCCAUUGUUUUUUCUCCUCCCAGUUUUUUUUUCUUCUACCUGCGAUUUUCCCCCCUGCCGUCGUGAAAAGGUUCGUUCCGAACUUCUCUUCUCCAGUUUGCAGUUUGCAUUGGCAUGCGCACUAUCAGUUACUCAUCAUUCCUUGAUAUCACCCUAAUCUUUGUUUGAUCAAGUUGGGCACAUCUCCUUAGCUUCCCCAACCCCGCCCAAAAUAAACACGAACCGUUGAUAGUCAUUUCCAAUCACUGUUCGGUGCAACGCUACACAAUCAGUUAAACACUGUGCUCCAGGCAUGCGCAAGGCAACGUCAUAAAAAGUCUGCCCUUAGCUAACGCACGCUCCAGCUCUUCCGCGCUGAAGCCUCUUCAGCCCUUGCGCCAUUCCUUGUCGCGUUCAGCCACUCAGUGUACGCGCGCAACAACCCUUGUCGGCUUGUUCCUUGUCUGGCGAAAUUUCGCGCCUUGCGCAGCACUUGAUUUCUAUCUCCAUUCCACCAUCACGACUCUGAUUCCAACUACCAGGCACAGGCAUAAUGGUCGCAACGGAAGCUAUGACCAACGAGCUUGCUGAAGGCAUCGACGGACUCAAGGUCAACGACGACGAGCCACGUCUUGGCCCGGACGGAGAGCCCGCGCCCAAGACAGAUGAGGAGUAUGCUCAGGCCCAACUCACCGUGAGGGCCAUUGUGUCAUCCAAGGAGGCAGGCGUAAUCAUUGGCAAGGGUGGAAAGAAUGUUGCCGACCUCCGUGAUGAGACGGGCGUCAAGGCUGGCGUCAGCAAGGUCGUCCAGGGCGUGCAUGAUCGCGUCUUGACCAUCACAGGUGGAUGCGAGGGCAUAUCAAAGGCAUAUGCCGUUGUGGCUCGCGCCCUCUUGGAAGGCGCACCUUCUAUGGGUAUGGGAGGUGUCGUCUCCAAUAAUGGAACCCAUCCCAUCAAGCUGCUCAUUUCUCACAACCAGAUGGGCACCAUCAUCGGUAGGCAAGGCCUCAAGAUCAAGCACAUUCAGGAUGUCUCUGGUGUCCGCAUGGUCGCACAGAAGGAAAUGCUUCCCCAAUCGACGGAGCGCGUCGUGGAGGUCCAGGGAACACCAGAGGGUAUUCAGCGUGCAGUCUGGGAGAUCUGCAAGUGUCUCAUUGACGACUGGCAGCGAGGCACCGGCACUGUGCUCUACAACCCUGUCGUCCGCACACAGCCGGCGGGCGCAACACAAAUGGGAAGCAGUGGGGCGGGCUAUGGCACAUCCAACAGGGGCGACUACAGCUCUUCCAGGGUCACGCGAACGGGCAACGGCGCUGACUUUAGCAACGGUGGCGGUCGUUCCUACAACCGACGCUCGGAUUCGGACGCAGCAAACCGUGGCCCGCCAACCCAUGAUGAGAACGGCGAGGAAAUUCAAACGCAGAAUAUUAGCAUCCCGGCAGACAUGGUUGGUUGCAUUAUUGGCCGUGCGGGUAGUAAAAUUAGCGAAAUUCGCAAGACUUCCGGUGCUCGCAUAUCAAUUGCCAAGGCUCCUCACGAUGAGACGGGCGAGCGCAUGUUCACCAUCAUGGGCUCCGCCAAGGCCAAUGAGACUGCCCUCUUUCUUCUAUAUGAGAAUCUUGAGGCCGAAAAGAUGCGUCGGAGUCAGAUGACGUCGCCAGAGUAGAUUCAUCACACCGCGCCAUCAAUGGACCCCAACUUCCACCCAAGCUGAGGAGCUUACCGCUGUCGAGACAUAAAUCGACUCCAUAUCACGAUAUUAUACUUAUUGGGGACCCUUUCUUUGUUUAAUUCUUUCUUUUAUUUUAUUUUCCUUACUCAGUUCGACUCGAUAAUCCUUGUCCUCACUGAGGAAUUCAGACCUGACUUGCCGCGAGGCUGAACAAAUCUUUGGCGGGCGGGAACGACUCAAACGAUGCGAUGAUUUGUAUUUUCAUUUUCCUCUCACUUACCUUUUAUUCCUCACCCAACUUUCACACGCCUCGAACAAAAUUAAUGCAGCAACACGCACACCACCACACUGCUGCCAUCUUUCUCCUGCCCCGGGACCGGGGAUCGACAGCCAGUUGCCUUGCCGUGUCAGUUUCCCACGGAGCAACCAGUUAUUUGGACAGGCCGCCAUGCGGGGUAUUCUAUGCCCUGGAUACUUUUGGUAUUAUACCUUGCGGAAGGAUAACGGUGGGGGACCCUUGGUUGUCAAUUGGCCUGUCAUAUGCACUCUUCUGCAACAAAGCUCUCACUUACCUCGUCCUGUCCGAGUCCAACAACUGCGAUCCUGUCUUAGUAUCCUGCUUGUGGCAUCGUACUCCUCCGAAAACCUGACAGAAAGUAUCCCUUUCCAUCGAAUCGACACUCAAACAUACACAACUCAUCAGGCGAAACUGUAUUGCAGCAGUCGCUUGAGCUGCGUAGGUACUGCAAAACCAGCGAUCUUAACAGUACACGCUCGCUGUCUCUUUCAUCCCCCUUCACCCCUGGCGACUGCAAUCCCCGAACCCAACAAUCCGGACAAUACCACCUGUCUGAGUCCAGAACAUAUUGGAUUUUACGAUCAGAGAUGGUCAAUACCCCACUCGAAUACAAGCAGCCAUGCCGGCAAGGCCAAGUGACGCAAGAACGGGAGCCGGCCAGAAACCGUUGAACUCGGCUCUUGCGGCACAAGUGAACUUCGGAAGGGCCUGGGAUCUUGCAUGGGCGAAUUUGUGGGUCGUGCAAGUCGACGUUGGUCUUUGUUGUCUGGAAUAUGACCAUGGAUUCCCAUUCCCCCCGAUGAUUUCACUCUGUAGUACUUCUCUCCCCACCACCUCUAUAUCUCGCCUCUCUAUUACCGUUUGAAAACCCGACCGUUCCAAGCAACACCACUCUAUUUGGUCGAACACAUUCUUCAAAACCCUGCCAUCCCAAUCGACGCACAUCAUUCUUUCACAAGUUUCCUCUUCCCUUUCAUAAGCCACGUCACAUCUCACUGGGAGCUUGUGAUUCCGAGGUUCGUACCUGUAACGACCGUAAUCUUGGGACAAUCGAACGGUAGGCGAGAAUGGGAGAAGACUUGACUCUAGUAUUAGUCUAGUCGAGGAAAUCCAACAAGCUCUCUGAAUUUUUUAAAGGGUUCCAGAAGAGACGGCGAAAGUAGAUGAUUCUUGUGUCGUGAGUGUGUACGUAGGAUACGUUGAUACUGCGCAUCUUCAGCUCGAAAGGCUCAAGACCUCGUCGCUGUACUUGUUCGCAAUGUGGAUCACCUUAUACAGCUUGAGUGGGCCAGGCCAGCUAGGACCCAUCAAAUUGACCCGCUUUGAUAAGUGAUAAGAUGUUUGUAUAGUGGGGUUAAGGGUCCUUGGUACCGGGGAUUUGAUGGAAAAGAUGAUGACAGCCUGUCACUCGCCCAUUCCGGACAUGCAUAAUAUAACAUUACUGUGCC